CCAUCGCGAGGCCCCGGAGCGGUGGCGGCGGCGGGGCCGGGCCGGGCCGGGCCGGGCCGGCGUGCCAAGACAAGCUGUGCCCUGCUCUGAUUCCCAAACCUGUGAGCAAAUGGAUUGCUUUGAGAAUGGAAAGAUUUGUACUCAAACAGGCUCCCAGCAGCACAGGGAGAGUGGCUGUCAGGUGGCUGAGGCUGGCAGACCUGUCAGACGUCUCCGGAGGAAGAGAAGAUUGCCUUUGGAUUCGGAGGAUGAGGAGGAAAAUGCAUAUGAGGAUGAGGAGAAGAAUAAAUCAAAUAAUAUGAAAAGCCGCAGAAACACUAAACCAAUAAAACAAGUGCUUCCUGGAAAGAAGAAGGUAUGGAACUGGUCUUCCUACUUGGAAGAGGAACAGAUGCCAGCUGCUUCCCUAAAGCUGUUCAGAGAGUAUCAGUCAUUCCCACAAGGCCGAAAUGGAUUUAAAGUCGGAAUGAAAUUGGAAGGGGUGGAUCCUGAACACCCCUCUCGAUUCUGUGUUCUCACAGUUGCUGAGGUCCAGGGGUACAGGAUGCGACUGCACUUCGAUGGUUACCCAGAGUGCUACGACUUCUGGGCUAAUGCUGACUCCUCAGACAUCCACCCUGUGGGCUGGUGUGAAAAAACAAGCCAUAAGCUGCUCCCUCCUAAAGGUUUCAAGGAGGGAGAAUUUAAUUGGACUUCCUAUCUGAAGAACUGCAAAGCUCAAGCAGCUCCAAAAAGCCUUUUUAAGACCCUCAGCAGUCCUGUCACACCUUCUGGGUUUCGUCUGGGAAUGAAACUGGAGGCAGUGGACAAGAAGAACCCAUCCAUGGUUUGUGUUGCCACCAUCACAGACAUGGUGGAAAACCGGCUGCUGAUACAUUUCGAUAACUGGGAUGAGAGCUAUGACUACUGGUGUGAAACGAGCAGCCCAUAUAUCCGUCCUGUUGGCUACUGCCAAGAAACUGGAACCCCACUGACAACACCACCUGGACACAGGGAUUCCAAAGCCUUCUCAUGGGAGAAGUACUUGGAAGAAACUAAUUCCCAAGCAGCUCCUGCAAGAGCCUUUAAACUGCGUCCUCCUCACGGAUUCCAGGUUAAUACCAAGUUAGAGGCUGUGGACAGACGAAAUCCCAUCUUGAUAAGAGUGGCAACAAUCACUGACAGAGACAACCAUCGUGUUAAGAUACAUUUUGAUGGCUGGGACCAUCACUACGAUUUCUGGGUGGAUGCAGACAGCCCUGACAUCCAUCCUGUGGGCUGGUGUGACAAAACUGGACACGCUCUGCAAGUUCCUCUAGGUGCUGAAGAUGCAGAGGGAGCAGUGGGACAGGCGUGUCCCACUCCAGGCUGCCAGGGCAUCGGGCACGUGCGGGGCCCCCGCUACGGGACACAUUACACCUUAGUUGGCUGCCCAUACUCUGAUGUGAACCUGAGCAGAGAAAACCUCUUACAGGACCGGCUGAGUGGGGAGAGACCUUCCCCUGGGAGCAUCCUGCAGAAAGCCAGGAGGCUGGAGACCCCUGGCCCACUGCAGGCAGCAAGGGAGGCUUCUCAGGGCGACUCUUCACAAUCCAGAAAAUCUGCACCAGACAGUGAGAAGUGGUGUCAGAGCAGCAUCCACACUCCAUCAGAGCAAUCAGAAGACAGUCGGGAGCGAGGCUGGGGAGAGGAGGAUUCCUCUGCAGCCAUCAAAGCCACACCAAAAACGCUCGGGUGCUCACAUGCCUAUAUCAAGUUUCAGCUGGUGAAACAGGAAAGCAAUGGGAAAGGCCCUGACAAGGAUCUCCAGCAGGCCCUCCACCAGUCUAUCUUCAUGCCUUCCCUGGCCUCUAACCCGAGCCAUCGCCUCCACCUCUUCUGGGAGCAGCACUGCAGGCUCUUGCCGGAGGUCUCGGGCCUGACAGCCAAACAAGUUGCCAAAUGGACUGUGGAGGAGGUGGUGGGUUUUAUCCAGCGUUUACCUGGCUGCAAAGAGCAAGCAUCUGUGUUCAGGGAAGAGCAGAUUGAUGGCGAGGCCUUCCUGCUCCUCAAGCAGAAUGACAUCGUUAAAAUACUCAGCAUCAAACUGGGCCCUGCCCUGAAGAUCUACAAUGCCAUCCUCAUGUUCAAGUCUGCAGAAGACAACUGAGAAAAGGCCUUUGGCAGAUCCAGGAGGAAUUGACAGGGAAUGGAUCUUCAGCUGUGAGCAUUACAACACACCAGACAGGUGGAUUGGGACUCUGAUGCAUUUUAAGUAGAAUUUAGGAAAAAUAGUUUGAGGUUAUAAAAAUCCUGCCACAGUCUGGAAUAUGGGGCAGCUUCACUUCCAAGAAGAGGAUAUUAUUAUAUUUUGUAAUUGAAUUGGUUUUGAUAUAUCAAUCUCUUUUUGAGAUCAAGAAGAAACCUCCAGUUCUAAGGGGAAUCCAGGGUAGCACUGGUGGAGCUGCAGGAGCAAGAAGAAAGUUUUGAGUAAAACUGGCUUUGUGUCCAGUGAUAGUGCCUGAAAAACUGAGUGAUCACCAGCGAGAUUAAUGUGUUUUGUGUAAUAAAAGAGAGAGGAAAAAGAUGCACUUCAAAGCAAUUCCCCCGUAUCCUUCACUGCUGUGACUCAGGAGCUGACCUUUUCAGGACUGAUUGUUAAAUUCCAGUUUUUCCUACUGCUCCUGGUUGUUGUGAUGCCCUUGGCUGCUGGGCAGCUUACACCCCAGCAGGAAGGGAGCAUGGGCAGCAGUUUUCCAUCAGGGAUGGCUUGCUCUGGUUCUGCCAGCAAGCAAAAUGUCCUCAUUCCUGUCAUUCCCUGUCAGGAGGCAAGGGCAGUGCAGGUGGCCUUUGGGUAGGCAAAGAUCCCAUAAGGGCAUCUGCUGCUGGAGACAGAGGGAUUUGUUUUAGCUGUAAUUCUCCCAUCAGUGCUUUUGUGCAGCUCCUUCUGCACCAGGAGCAUCUGGCAAAAUGGCACCAUCAAGAGCACUUGGGGAUUGGUGUGUGUUUGUUCUUGCCCUCUCCACUGUCAGCCAAAUGCUAAGAAUGGGAGUUGGAAAGCCAGCAGUGGCCAGAGUGUGUGUGCAAACAGAUUCCCUAGAAACAAAUGGCUUUUCUUUUGAACAGUCCCAACUGAUGAAUGUGAAGUGCUUUGGCCUUUGCCCCUUGAGGUGGACUUGGAUGUGUUGUGCCAGAGAGCUGGAGGGCAGGGGAGCAGCUCCUCUGCCUCUGGGAGCAGGCAGAGCACACAGGGACGUGAGACUGGAAAGGAGUCAGGACUUAAACAGCAAAAUGAGGGAACUUCCCAAAGGAAAGAGAGCUGCUGUGUGGGGGAAAAAGGAGCAGAGUCUGGGGCUGUGUUCCUGCACAUGCAGCCUGUGCUCUCCUGGCUGGGAGCACGGGGGGUUCCUGCUGCAGCAGAGGCAGUUUCAGGAGCAUCCCAUAUGGACAUUGGGCUGGAGGGUUCCCCACGGGCACUUCCCGAGUUCUCCUCUCCCCGUGGCAGGGUGUGGGUCCUGCUGGGCUCUGAGCCCUGUUCAGAGUGUGGGUCCUGCUGGGCUCUGAGCCCUGUUCAGGGUGUGGGUCCUGCUGGGCUCUGAGCCCUGUUCAGGGUGUGGGUCCUGCUGGGCUCUGAGCCCUGUUCACAGUGUGGGUCCUGCUGGGCUCUGAGCCCUGUUCACAGUGUGGGUCCUGCUGGGCUCUGAGCCCUGUUCAGGGUGUGGGUCCUGCUGGGCUCUGAGCCCUGUUCAUGGUGUGGGUCCUGCUGGGCUCUGAGCCCUGUUCAUGGUGUGGGUCCUGCUGGGCUCUGAGCCCUGUUCAGGGUGUGGGUCCUGCUGGGCUCUGAGCCCUGUUCAGGGUGUGGGUCCUGCUGGGCUCUGAGCCCUGUUCAUGGUGUGGGUCCUGCUGGGCUCUGAGCCCUGUUCAGGGUGUGGGUCCUGCUGGGCUCUGAGCCCUGUUCCAUUGCUGCUGGCAGCACCACUCGUGGCUCUCCCUCUGGCCACUCUCCCUGAUGGCUGUUUGGCUGUUCUGGAACCAGCCCAGCUCAGGCAGCCCUUGCAGCCCUGUGUCCAUAGCUGGAGGCUGAAUGCUGUGUGUGGGUUUGUCUGUUUUUGUGUGACCAGGUUCUGCCCUCAGCCUCUGCCAGGCUCUGGGGUGUCUCAGGGCACUGCCUGGUGAUGUAACCCAUCCACAGGCACCCCAAACUCCCUUGGCAUCUCUGCCACCAGCGUGGCUCCCAGGAGCUGUCGGGAACAGAGCGAACACGCUGUCCAUGACUGUGUGGUGACACAAGGAACACACUUGUUCCCCCUUCCUGUGUCACCCACAUGCUUUGUCCAACCCUCCUGCUGCUGAGACGGUUCUUGUGACUUGUCUGAAGCAGAAGGUUCCUUAAAAUUGUAAAUAGAAUCCGCAUCACUGAAGCAAUUCAGUCCUGGAAUAAUAUUUAGAACAAUUUGUUUCCAUAUUUUUUUUAAUAAGAAUUUUAGGAGUUUAAGCCUUCACAGAGAAGACACCGUUUUGGUGGGAUAUUUAAUAGCUGAACCAUUAAAUAUCAGCCAGGCAGCUGCAGGGGAGAAAUUUAUUGCAGUGUUAAGGACUAGGCAAGGGGUGAAUUUAGUUUAUUAAAAUACAUUUUUAGUAUGAUAACCAGGAUGUUCACCAAAGAGUCACAUUUCUUUAUCCUGCUCUGCACAUCCAGUGUCAGCAUUAAGACUUGAAUUGUAAGUGGCAUGUCCUGUCCUUUGACAGAACACACCUUCUGGGCAAAGCAAAAUUGUCUCUUGACAACUGGAACAGAAGAUCCAGAGCUGGGCUGUUUUAUUCCUGGCUCUCCACUGACUUGCUAAAUAACCCUGAGCCCUUCCUUGCCCCAGUUUCCCCCUCUGUGACACCCAGCCAGGUGGGGCAAGUGCAAUUUUGCCUUUUUCUUAUUUCAAGCAAGCAGGUCCUUCCAUUUUCUGUUUCACCUCCUUCCUUUGGGAGCCUGAUUUGGGGGACAGCAGAUUGCCUCUAGCAAUAAACCAAAAUAUAAUAUUAAUUCAAUUUUUUUUUACUAUAUAUAGAUGGAGGAUGAAGAGAAUCAGUUAAACAAGCCAUGAGAUUCUAGUCAGUGACAUUAUUCAAACAGAAGAGAAAUCUUUAAUCCUUGGGGCUUCUGAGCCAGCUGGAUCAAAGAGGAAAAUGUGUACUUGGAGGUUGUUCAGUGACAGCCAGCACAGUGCUUUCAGCAGGGGAGAAGGAGGAACCUUUUAGGGAUGAAAGAAGGAGGAAUGUGCUUCUUGUGCCUUUUUUUGUAAUCUGAUAAUUGUCUUUGCAGAGCAAGCAAGAAUGUGCACACAUGUAUUACCCAAUCCUUCCCCAAAUAUAAGCUGUAUUCCAAUUAAAUCCAGCAACUUCACAGGACAAAAAGACUUCCAGUGUCUUCACUGGACACAUUUAAAACUCCCUGAUAUUUACAAUAUAGAACAAAACGAAACCACCUCAUCUUUUAGCCCCAUAACUCAGGAAUCCAUCGGCUGCUGGUGCCAUUCCACUUGUGUCAGGGAGUGCUGCUUUCCCCUGUGUCUCGGUGAGUUGUUCCUGCUGCCUGUCCAAACUCUGCUCUGCCUGUUCCCAGUCCUGCUCCAGGCCUGUGCCAUAACCAGGGCUCUGCAGAGGCCUUUGGUUAUCUGACGCCUUGUGUAAUUUGAAAUGCACACUUUGAAGCAAAAAUCCAAAAGUUGUGGCUCUGUGGGGGAGCAAAUGUGAAGCUGGUUAAUGCCACCUGGGGUUGGGCAGAUUUUGAGUCUGCUGGAUGUCAGCAAGAACCAGUUGUUGGCCCAGCUGAACCCAGGAGUCUCUUAGCAAUACAGAUACAUUCCUUAGAAGCAACUCGGAGCUGUGUCAAGUUCCCAUGGGCCAGCCGUGCAAUUAGGAAUUUCCAGUUCUCAAAAUCUUAUUCCUGGCUGUGUUUUUGUUCCCUUUUGGUUGUUUUUGAAAUUCAAAGCAAUCAAAUUUUUUCUCUUUUUCUCUUCUUCUCCUCGGCUGGGAGUCCUGUUAAAUUUUUUCUGUGCCAUCACCAACAAUCAUCCCCAUAAUCCAGUAGCAGCAAAUUUCAGCUCUGGGUAAUGAAUCACAUUAAAGUUGGACAGGAGCAUUUGGCAUCGUUGACAGCAAAACUCUGCUGCUGAAGGAAAAGCCCAACACUUGGCCCAGGGGUAAGCCAGUUCAGCUGUACAAGAUUGCCUGCCUGCCACUUUUAUGCCCUACUUAGGGAUUUAUACCACAGAGAGCUUUAAAGUUUUUGACAUCCCCCCCAUGAUGUGAUGAGCCAGCUUAUUUUGGAGAUUCCUGUUACUUGAACUGGAAGCACAUGUAGGGAAGAGAGCAGGGGCUCGGCUCAGCCUCAGAAAUAUCUGCCUGUUUUAAACCAAAUACUUGAGCUUUUCUACACUAGCCAUGACCUUGCACUCCACCGAUGCUUUCCUCUGGAAAUGUGAAUAAAAUUAAUAUAAGUUCA